UUUUAGGUACUCCAACGACGAUUUUAGGUUUUCGUCCUCCCUCUUUUGUCCUUUAGCUUCAGUUUAAUUGCAGCUGCAUUCCGCUAUCGUCGUCAUACUCUACGUCAGCUAAUUUUUCCUGCGGCCACUCUGUCACAGACUGUAAACGUGCGCGUUUCUGUAGUCCUCGAACGACCGCUGCGACGAGCGUACGCGCCGCUCGCGCGUCAUCCUUCCGUUUUCCUUCCUUCGUGUUCGGUAUUCCGCAUCGUGACCGUGACGUUGCUGUCUCUAUGAGAAUUCGUAACUGCGAAUCUACCAAUGUACGAAAUGUUCUCGGUGCAGUUGUUUAACGCGUGUUUUCUUCUCGCAUGACGUAUCUCACGUUAAAUGAAAUAUGAAGUACAGUGGAGAAAAUUGACACAGUGCGAUGAUUUGAUGGAGAAAGUUAACUUUGAAUUUCAAUGAGCUGACGUAAAAUAAGUAAUACGAAAGUCUUUGAAUGAGUGAAGUCAGCGAAAAGAAGAAACGAGGAUGACGUCUCGAAACAGGCCGAUUAAAAUUACGACCGUCGGCGAUGGCAUGGUUGGCAAGACAUGUAUGCUUAUCACGUACACAAAGAAGGAAUUUCCAACGGAAUAUGUACCUACUGUAUUUGAUAACUACGUCGAUAGCUUAUGUAUGGGCGGACAACAGUUCGAAAUGACAUUAUGGGACACGGCUGGUCAAGAAGAUUAUGAGAGGCUUCGACCGCUGUCGUAUCCAAACACUGACUGUUUCCUGGUCUGUUUCUCCGUAAGUGCCCGUAGUUCUUUCGAAAACAUAGCGAGUAAAUGGCAUCCAGAGAUCAAAGCGUAUUGUCCCAAUGUGCCGAUUGUACUCGUGGGUACCAAGGCAGAUCUUAGAAAUCAAGAAGCUAUGGAUAUUGUCAGUCCGCGAGAUUGUAACAAAAUGAGAAAAAAAAUCAAGGCAGUUAAGUAUGUGGAAUGUUCUGCAAUAAAACAGGAGGGUCUCGAAGAGGUUUUUAUGGAAGCUAUUAAAGCCGUUCUGAAAAAGCCGCCAUCGAGAAAGCUCUGUUGCAUUCUUUGAAACUAAACUGCAUUUAGUUUGGAGAAUACAUCGUACGAUUAUAAUUAUUAAGACCUAUAUUAAACCAAAGAUUCUCUUCACAUACUUUAUCUGUAUGACUCUUGUACAUUUUGUCCUUAACGAUUAUUUUUAAAGUAUACUUUCUUUGUGUAUAGAUCAAAAUUCUCUUACGUCGUGUAUAUACAUACAUAUGCAAAAUCUUUAUACAUAUCUAAUAUAAAUGUUUACAUCUAC